ACUCCUUUUAAAACCCCCUCCUCCUUCUUUUCUCCUCAUAACAUUUCUAACCUUUCUAUAAUAUUCUUCAUUCACUACACACCCAUCUUCUUAACCUUACUCUCCAUUUCUCCCAUAUAAUCAUCAUGGGAGUUUUUCACCAUUUUGAACCAAUAUCAAAACACAAAACACAAGAUAGAUCAAAACAAACCAUUGCAUCUGACUUAGACGGCACGCUUCUCAUCUCUCGAAAUGCUUUUCCUUACUAUAUGCUUGUCGCUACCGAAGCCGGUAGCUUGCUAAGAGGACUUAUCCUCUUAGCCUCGGUCCCUUUCGUUUAUUUCACGUAUCUUUUUGUCUCUGAAACCAUCGCCAUCAAAACAUUGAUCUUCAUAACUUUCGCUGGUCUGAAGAUCAAUGAUGUGGAAAUGGUUUCAAGGUCAGUGUUGCCAAAAUUCUACGCGGAGGACGUUCGUCCUGACACGUGGAAAGUGUUCAAUUCUUUUGGUAAGCGUUACGUUGUCACGGCUAGUCCGAGGUUGAUGGUGGAGCCGUUCGUUAAGACAUUUUUGGGAGGUGAUAAGGUGAUUGGGACUGAAAUUAUGGUAACAAAAUCAGGAAGGGCAACUGGGUUUGUUAUGGAACCUGGAGUUCUUGUUGGGGAGCACAAGAAAGAAGCUGUUGUUAAAGAAUUUGAGUCCAAUUUGCCUCACUUGGGAUUGGGAGAUAGUAAAAGUGAUCAUGAUUUCAUGUCAAUUUGCAAGGAAGGAUAUAUGGUUCCAAGAAUUAAAUGUGAUCCACUACCAAGAUCCAAGCUUCUAAGCCCAAUAAUUUUUCAUGAAGGUAGAUUUGUUCAAAGACCAACACCAAUUGCUACAUUAUUAACAUUCCUAUGGUUACCAAUUGGAAUAAUACUUUCCAUCUUAAGAGUGUACCUUAAUAUCCCAUUACCAGAAAAAAUUGCUUGGUACAAUUAUAAACUAUUAGGAAUCAAAGUAAUUGUUAAAGGCACCCCCCCACCAGCACCAAGAAAAGGCCAAAAGGGUGUCCUAUUAGUUUGUAACCACCGUACAAUUUUAGACCCUGUGGUUACAGCUGUUGCAUUAGGGAGAAAAAUUAGUUGUGUCACAUAUAGUAUAAGUAAAUUUAGUGAAAUAAUUUCACCAAUUAAGGCUGUUGCACUUUCGAGGGAAAGGAUUGUUCCUGUUUCUAUAAACACCAAACAAAGUGUGUUUUAUGGUACGACGGUUCGCGGACACAAAGUGUUGGAUCCUUAUUUUGUGUUUAUGAAUCCUAGGCCGACUUAUGAGAUCACUUUUAUGAAUCAAGUUCCUAAAGAGCUUACAUGUAGUGGUGGAAAAUCUCCAAUUGAAGUUGCAAAUUAUAUUCAAAGGGUUAUUGGUGGGACACUUGGAUUUGAAUGUACUAAUUUGACAAGGAAAGAUAAGUAUGCUAUGCUUGCUGGUACUGAUGGAAGAGUUCCAAUUAAGAAGGAGAAAGAUUGA